AUGAUGGCCGCCACCAGCGAGGAACAGAGUGUUAUGGAUUCGUCUUUGAUAAAUUGCGGGCAGCAGCCCUCGGAUCGAUUGAAAAUGCUCUAUCCGAUGGUUAACGAGGAAGAGACGCCCUUGCCGAGGUCUUGGAGCCCUAAGGACAAGUACAAUUACAUCGGGCUGUCCCAAAAUAAUCUUCGCGUUCACUACAAAGGUUUUGGAAAAACACACAAAGACGCUGCCAGUGUUCGCACAACGCAUUCGAUACCAGCUGCCUGCGGUCUCUACUAUUUCGAAGUUAAAAUAGUGAGCAAAGGGAGAGAUGGUUACAUGGGAAUUGGUCUGUCGGCGCAUGGAGUAAAUGUUAACAGACUUCCUGGAUGGGACAAACACUCAUACGGGUAUCAUGGCGACGAUGGUCACAGCUUUUGUUCUUCAGGAACUGGUCAGCCUUAUGGGCCGACUUUUACAACUGGUGAUGUUAUUGGCUGUGGUGUUAAUCUUGUUGAUAAUACCGCGUUUUACACUAAAAAUGGAACACAUUUGGGCAUUGCCUUCUCUGAUUUACCUCCAAAUCUGUACCCUACAGUAGGCCUGCAGACUCCUGGCGAGGUAGUCGACGCUAAUUUCGGACAAACGCCCUUUGUGUUUGAUAUUGGUGAUAUGAUUAAUGAGCUACGCGUACGCACGAGAUUACAGAUUAUUAAUUAUCCUACCCCCGACCAUGGUCAGGGACAGUGGCAAGCUGUUUUACACAAGAUGGUAUCAACGUAUUUGGUCCAUCAUGGUUACUGCGAUACUGCCGAAGCAUUUGCCAAUAGUACAGGACAACCUUUCGAUGAAGACUUCAGUUCAAUAAAAAAUCGACAAAGAAUUUUGAAGCUCGUACUCGCGGGUCGUAUGGGCGAAGCAAUAAAGUUGACGACAGAGUUGUACCCGACUUUAUUGGACCGGGAUCCGAACUUGAUGUUCGCUCUCAAGUGUCGUCAAUUUGUUGAAAUGGUUAACGGAAGUGAUUCCGAAGUUAAUCAAACGAUCGGGAGUUCAACAUCCGCCACCAACACUACCACCACUGUUAAUAAUUCAAAUACCAACACUAAUACUAAUAUUAAUACUAAUGCUAAUACUAAUAAUACUUAUAGCAUUACCAACACUAAUACUAAUACAAAUAUCAAUAUUAAUAUAAACACAAACACGAGUAAUGAUAACCAGACCAGUGUGAUACAGUCAACAAAAGCGUACAACAGCAAAUCGUCAAACGGGACUGUGGAAGAAAUGAAUUUAAACAACACGCUGAACGGAACCGCGGAUCAGCAGUUUAUAAAUGGACAAAUAGAGGAUGAUGUUGAUAUGGAGAUGGAGAGCAACACUGCGACUAUUAAUAAUAUCAAUGGGUUCAAAAAUACUACCAAUGGAUACCAGAAUGGUAAUCCUAAUUCUAAUGGGUACAAGUGUAAUGGCGAAGAUAUUGAUAUGGAAAUAGACAGUGCCAACCAAAACCAACAAAACGGCAAUAGUAUAGACAACCCCAGUGUUAAGCUCAGUAAAAAACAAUUAUGUGGCGGUAAUAAACAGGCGAUUGAAAAAAUGCUGGAGUUCGGACGGCAGUUGUACUCCCAAUCGAUACACCUGAGACAGUCGUACGGUAAAAAUGAAGCUAACAAAAAAAUGCUCCAAGACGCGUUUAGUUUGCUUGCGUAUUCAAAUCCUUGGAACUCUCCUGUCGGCUGGCAGUUGGAUCCUCAGGAGCGAGAAACUGUCUGUGCUCGAUUAAACUCGGCUAUUCUCGAGUCUACAAAUCUUCCACGACGACCACCUCUAGAAGUGACAAUAUCGCACGCGCGGGAGUUGGUCCGACUGAUGUCGGGCGCGGGUCUAGGAGCUUGCGGAUUCGCAGUAGUGGAUAACAUAAUCCAAUAUUGA